AUGUCGGUAAGAAAUCGUACGGCACCCGGUCCCGACAGAAUAAGACCAGAACACCUGAAGAGCCUUCCGCCAGUACUCAUCAACACCCUGGCGAGGCUCUUUACACGUUAUCUGUCGGAAUGCAAGGUUCCUAAACAGUGGAAGACCAGCAAGACCGUGUUGUUGUAUAAAAAGGGAGAUCCACAUGACAUCGGCAACUAUCGCCCAAUCUGCCUACUGUCCGUCAUCUACAAGCUCUUUACAAGAGUAAUCCUUAAUAGGAUUGAAAAAGUCUUGGAUGAAGGACAGCCAUGCGAGCAAGCAGGGUUUCGAAAAGGAUUCAGCACGAUUGACCACAUUCACACUGUUUCGAAACUCAUCGAGGUAUCACGAGAGUACAAGAUGAUGCUCUGUCUCACCUUCAUCGAUUUAAAGAAGGCUUUCGACUCGGUUGAGACGGAAGCGGUCGUGGAAGCCUUGGACAACCAAGGCGUCCCUACUCAGUAUAUAAAGGUACUUCGAGAGUUGUACAGUAACUUCACGACCGGAAUUUCGCCAUUCUACAAGAACAUCAUCAUUGACGUGAAGAGGGGGGUCCGACAGGGUGAUACAAUUUCACCCAAAAUAUUCACAGCCACCCUCGAGAACGCAAUGCGAAAAUUGGAAUGGGACGACAUGGGAGUGAAGGUUGAUGGUCGGCAGCUACACCAUUUGCGCUUUGCUGAUGACAUCGUACUGGUAACACCUAGCAUCAGCCAAGCGGAACGAAUGCUGACCGAAUUCGACGAAACAUGUGGAUGCAUCGGUCUUCAGCUGAACCUACAAAAGACGAUGUUCAUGCGGAACGGAUGGGUCUCGGAUGCCCCAUUCACGCUCAACGGAACGAACAUAUCCGAAUGCACCAGCUACGUUUAUCUGGGUCGGGAACUGAACAUGAUGAACGACCUGACCCCCGAGCUGGGCAGGAGGAGACGAGCGGCUUGGGGAGCGUACAAGAGCAUCGAGGAUGUAGUGAAGAAGACCAGGAACACCCGGCUCCGUGCUCACCUCUUCAACACCACCGUACUUCCUGCUUUGACCUAUGCUUCGGAAACCUGGGCAUUUCGCAAGCAGGAAGAAAACGCGGUGAGCGUCAUUGAACGCGCAAUUGAGAGAGUGAUGCUAGGAGUAUCCCGUUUCACGCAAGUGAGGGACGGGAUUCGAAGUUCCCUCCUACGUCAGCGAUCGAAGAUUAGAGACGCCGCCGCGUUUGCCAAGGAAAGUAAAAUAAGGUGGGCCGGACACGUGAUGCGCUUUGAUGACAACCGUUGGACCAGAGCCGUGAGCGACUGGGUUCCCCGCGAUAUUAAGCGCACUACAGGAAGACCGCCGACCCGAUGGUCAGAUUUCUUCACGAAGUCCUUGAAAGAAAAAUAUGAUGCUCUUCGUGUCCCACGCGAAAGGAGGAACCACUGGGCUACUCUGGCACGCGAUCGGGACAAAUGGAAGAAUUACUGGCGCCCGCUCGACCAGUUCGAAGAUCAACGGGAGUCAAGGUGA